AUGUUUAGACAGACAAAACGGCGCACGGCGGGAAGAAGAAAUUUCGAAGAUGUAGCCAGCUACUCAUCUCUGGCCACAUCUGCCUAUCCUUCGCGUCUUUCAUUCUAUGAAACCCCUCCUCUUGAAGAAAUCACUUUGGAAGAGUUCGAGCUAUGGGCCAUUGACCGUUUGAAGAUCCUUAUAGAAAUCGAGUCGUGCUUGGCGCGGUCCAAGUCGCUCAAAGAAAUUGAGCUCGUGGUGAAACCCCUUUUGCUCAAGUAUUUGCCGCUUUCGCCGACUACUUCUCUGGGCCUAGAUGCUAAAGCUAUCGCAGAGAGAAGAAAGGACUACUAUUCGCACUACAUUUUACGGUUGGUUUUCUGUCGCACGGAGGAAUUGCGCAAGAAACUUGUCAAAAACGAGACAACACUCUUUAAAGUCAGAUACAAUAUGCUCCAACCAAACGAACAGAGGGAGUUUGUGUCGCUUAACUCGGAAAAAUUGUCAUGGCAGUACAUCAGCAAUGAAGAAAAGCUAGAGAAAGCCGAUGAGCUCUAUGCGGCAUCAGGAGCUUCCAUUCGGAAUGUAUUGAGCAUUGACAAUGCUGGAGAUGCAACCUUCAACUUGACUGCGGAACAAUUGAAAGCACACAUUAGACAAAAGGAGUCCUUCAUCAAGCUUCCGUUCGAGAAAGUGCCUCAUUUGGUUUCUCUGAAGCAGGUCUACUUAUCUCGUGGGUUUGCCUACAUUCCAUCCACGCUUCAAGUGAGUCUACUCUCUGUUGUGUUCUCCGACCUGUUGCACAACGCGCUCAUCAAGACGUUUCAGGCCAUUCCACGCUUAGAAGAGGAUGACAGAUUGCUUCCGCUUCUUAAUAACUUAUCCCGUAAUUUUGCGAACAUUCAGUACGACAAUUUCGGUGAUGGAAACACCUCUGAUAUCAAUGCCGUAUCUAUCGCCACUCCACAAAUCCUUCAACACUACCCAUUAUGUGCGCUGUACCUACAAGAAAAUUUGAAGCUUAAUUCACAUCUCAAAUACGAUGGGCGUCAACAAUUGGGGCUCUUUCUCAAAGGUAUCGGUUUAAACGUUGACGAGGCCUUGAAAUUUUGGUCAUACGAAUUCACAAAAUCAUCGAAGAUGAAUAUGGACACCUUCAACAAGGAGUACAAGUACAAUAUCAGACACAUUUAUGGUCUUGAGGGUGGCCGGAUCAACUACAAGCCAUACGACUGUGCAACGAUAUUGCUGCGGAAGAGACCUCAAAAGGGCGAAUAUCAUGGAUGUCCAUAUCGUGACCUUUCUAUGGACCUGGUUGUAAGCCGUCUCGGCGACAUGGGAAUCAAGGACCAACACGAUAUCAACGGUAUCAUAGAAGAUAUCAAUAAACACGACUACACAGUGGCAUGCACGCGUGUCUUCGAAUUGAGACAUAAACAACAGAUGGAUGCAUCCAAGCCCGAGAAUCUUCAUAUAACCCAUCCAAAUCUUUACUUCGAUCGUUCCAGACAGCUUGAGAGAAACGAGACAAAAGCUGUGGCCAGCAAAUAG